UCGUGUUCUGCCCCGGAUUAUUCUCUCCGCGCUACCAAGAAAUGGACGACACCGCACCCGUCGACUGUCCCAUCUGCUCCAAACCCGUCAAGCCUCAACAUAUCAACCCACAUCUCGACUCCGGCUGCGAGUCUUUCAUCGUGGACGCUACUGAGAAUGCUCCCAAGAGAGUGCUGAGCUUCUUCACGCCGGGUCCCAAGCGUGUCGCCAGCGUCUCCUCAAAAACCACCGCGCCUCCCACAGCCCCCACUCCGUCACCUUUCACCCAGCCGCCACCGCAGACACAGCAUGUCGACCGCUCUAUAUCUCCUACAGGCACCAAACGCUCUCUCGAUGCCACAAAUGGCGACCCUCCGUCUCCUAAACGUACCAAACUCAGCGCCCUCCAAAAGGCCGCACCCCUUCCCGAACGCAUGCGCCCUCGUAGUCUUGACGACGUAGUCGGGCAAGAAGAGCUAGUUGGGCCCAAUGGGGUGAUACGAAGCAUGAUAGCUUCUGGCAACAUUCCAAGCAUGAUACUCUGGGGAGGACCUGGAACUGGCAAGACUACAAUAGCACGGCUGAUAGCAAAAGCCUCAAAUUAUCGCUUUGUCGAGAUUGUGAGCACAAGCUCAGGAGUCGGAGAGGUCAAGAAGCUGUUCGCAGAGGCCCUGGGCGAGCUGAACCUCACAGGUCGGCGGACCAUCAUAUUCUGCGACGAGAUACACCGUUUCAGCAAGACGCAACAAGAUGUAUUUCUUGGGCCCAUUGAGGCAGGUCAGGUGACCCUCAUUGGGGCGACGACCGAAAAUCCCUCCUUCAAAGUCGUUGCCGCACUCAUGUCGCGAUGCCGUCCUUUCCACCUCGAACGCCUCACAGAGUCCGAGAUCCGCGACAUUCUUGAACGUGCUCUUGCCUCCGAAAGCGCUGUCAAGGAACAUAUAUCCCCACUAAUCGACGACGAGUUCCUCUCUCAUCUAGCCCUCCGAGCUGAUGGCGACGCCAGACAAGCACUAACCCUCCUCUCGCUCUCGCUAUCCUUAUCCACCUCUCCACAAACCACCUCAGACUCCCUCCGUGCUAGCCUGACGAAAGCGUCCCUCUAUGACCGCUCUGGGGAUCAGCACUACGACUCCAUAUCCGCCCUACACAAGUCCAUUCGCGGCUCCGACCCAGAUGCUACCCUAUAUUACCUCUCACGGAUGCUUCAAUCUGGCGAAGACCCCUUGUACAUCUCCCGCCGCCUCAUAGUAGUCGCCUCUGAAGAUGUCGGUCUCGCAGACCCAUCAAUGCUGUCACUAGCAGUCAGUGCGCACCAGGCCGUCGAGCGGGUCGGGAUGCCAGAGGCAGGCAUCAAUAUUGCACAUUGCGCCGUUGCCCUAGCUCUGGCAAAUAAGUCGACAAGAGUGUAUAGAGGCUUACAUGCGGCGAUGGCCGCUCUAAAAGAGCCUGGAGUGGCGAACCUGCCUGUGCCGGUGCAUCUGAGGAAUGCACCGACUAGGUUGAUGAAAGAAAUGGGCGUUGGAAAGGGCUAUAAGUAUAACCCGGAUUUCAAGGAUGGUAGGGUCAAGCAGGAAUAUCUACCAGAGCAGUUGAGGGGGAGGACGUUUCUGGACGAGAGAGAUUUGGGAGUGAAGGCUGAUCCGGACCUUGCAAGGGACGAGGGAGAGAUAUUUGACGGGGAGUCUGCUGGUACCCAUUCUCCUUGGAAAAAGAAAUUACCAGCCGCCGCUUAG